AUGAGCAGACUCGGGAUGCUCCGUCGAGCAGCUCUUGGGAUCCGACAGACGCCGUUAUCGCGUGCUCAAAACGUAUUGUGUCUUCAUACCACGUUACCAGCUUCAAGUGCUUCAUUUUUGCUCGACAAUCGGCAAUUUUCUACGUCUGAUGCGACCCCUCUGACACUUAAAAUGACAAUGACUGACGGACAGCUUACAGAUGCUGCAGCUGCUGUGGCAAGCAACAGCACGGGACACGACCCCUGGGUCAUUGUACAAGGCGUACAAGCGGUUCUUGAGACGGUGCACACGACCACAGGAUUGCCGUGGUGGGCGACACUAAUGCUCUCUGGUGUGACGCUACGUGCUGCUAUCUUCCCGUUCUACGUGUAUCAGAUCCAGGCGACACAGAGGCUGAUGCAGGCAAGCAUGGACUUUAGAAAGCUGUACUCGGCGUACAAGUACGCACGUACAUUUAUACCCGGAUCAGACCAUAAGGGACAUCUUGACGCCAUUCUGCUUGGACGACAAGGUAUUCGUGCGGUCAUGAAGAAGUACAACACGCGUCCUAUUCAAACUGUCAUGGGCGGCAUUGCACACAUCCCUAUCUUCGUUGUCAUGGCGUAUAGUGCUCGUGAUAUGGUACGGUCCGGAAACUUUGCGGGUCUCGAAUCUGGUGGCUUGUCAAUUUGGAAGAAUCUGAUGGAAAUGGAUAGUACAUACGUGCUGCCUGCUCUAGCGGCGUUGUCUACGUAUGGCAAUCUGGAAAUGUCCGCGCGAACAAAGAGUGGUUUGUGGACGGACCUGCUGCGUGCAGGGCAAUACGGCACGAUUCUUGCUUUCCCGUUCAUGGUUAAUUUACCACAAGGGGUUUUCUUUUACUGGCUGGGAUCUUCAUGGUCGUCUAUGGUGCAAAGUAUUGCCAUGACCAACAACAACUUUCGCAAACGCAUUGGACUCAAACCUCGAAUUACGGAAGUACAGUCAACUGCUGCAAAAGCAGCUGAGAUGUCAGGAAGAAGCCAUAUCACCAGGGACAUCAAAAAAUAA